AAUUCGAAAUUGUGUUAUGAAAUAAAGAAAGAAGAAGAAGAAGAAGGAGAAGAAUACGAAAGCAAAAAUCAUAAAUUCAAAAUGGUUCAAAAAAGUGAAGUGGAAGUGAAUACGAAGCCAGCGUAUAUGUACUAUUUGAUGUCGAAAAGUGGCCAAUGUUCACCGACCACCAGUGAUACAUUAGACAGUGGUACGGGCAGUGAUCUAGAAACAACAUCGACCACAAAUAGUAGUAAUUCAUACACGUUGCCAACAUCGUUAACACUAACAAAUGCCGUUUCAAAAUCGAUGCGAAAAUUCGGCGAUCUAUCACUCGAUGGGCAACGUCGCCUAAAAUCCCAUUCGAGCAACGAUAGUUACAAUACGGACAGUGAAGAAAGUGAAUCGAGCUUAAGUUGCGAUUCAUUAAAUUCCAGCGAAAUAAUGCGCAUGAAACAUAAUACAACGAAUAUAAUUCGAUCGUUGCCGUUUUCCAGUACGGUAUCUGAAUGCUUGGAGCCGACCGAAGGCACCAUUAUCACAUCCGAUGAAAAUAAUGUGACAAAAAUCAACUUUUUACCACGGUCAUUGUUGCGUGACAUACGCGAUCGUUCGAUGACAAUAGGCAAGAAUCAAUCAUCAGCCGCCGUCGAAUUUCCACAUCUUAACACCAACAGCAGCAGUAAUCAUAGCCAGAACAGCGACGACACGGAUGAAUGUAACGGCGAUACAAGUCCAUAUCGAAAUGGUGGCUGCAAUAAAACAAUUAUCGUAAACAGUCUGAAAGAAUGCAACAAUAUGACGACGACGACGAAGACAACGACAAGUGCCAGUUACACAAAUGAACCAUUCAAUUUACACCAUAGACGUGAUAAUAACAUAAACAAUGAUUUUGACCACUUGUUUACGACAAAUGGUAAAAGCGUUGAUCCAUUACGACGAGUCAUGCAAUGCAACAGUGAAACACCACGAAAUAUUUAUGAAAAUGACAAGUAUAUCAGUUUUCAUUUGAAUGAACGUGUCGAAAAUGCAACAAUGGGCCAACGCGAUUCACACGAUCGAACGAAAGAUGAUGAUUCAUUUGCUGGAUAUCGCGACAUUAGGGCAUCAUCGGUUGCAUCGACCAUACGCAGUUCAAAAGGUACCAUUCGAGGUGUUAAAAAUCGCGUUCGAAACGGCAUUGCUACAUUUUUGCAAAUGCAACAAACCAACGUUAAGAAUUAUAAAGAAAAAGAUGCCGGCAAAGUGGUAUUGUAUUCAACGAGUAUGGGAAUCGUACGUGAAACAUAUGCCAAAUGUGCCAAUGUUAAGCAAAUACUACGAACGUUGCUGGUCAAAUUUGAAGAGCGUGACAUUUUCAUGAGCAGCGAAUAUCAACAAGAAAUCAAAGAUCGCAUGCAAUCCAGAGAAAUACAAGUGCCGCAAUUAUAUGUCGACGGUCAACACAUUGGCGAUGCGGACCAAGUUGAGCGUCUCAAUGAAAGCGGCGAACUCCGACAAUUGUUAAAGAUGUAUAAGACAUCGAAUUCAUCUCAGACAUGUCAAAUCUGCGGUGGAUACCGUUUAAUGCCAUGCCCAUCAUGCAGUGGAUCCAAAAAAUCGGGGCAUCGAAAUCAUUUUACAACCGAAUUUUUGGCCUUGAAAUGCAUGAAUUGUGAUGAAGCUGGCCUGGUUAAAUGUUAUAAUUGUAACGAUUGAAUGGACGCAUCAUAUGAAAGAGUGUAAACAAGUUUCAAGAGCCCAACACGAAAUAUUUAUGUGAAAUGGAUUAAACUUCAAUUCCAUCACAUUCAAACAAAAUACAAUUAUCAAUUAAGCUAAGCAACGUUGUACUGUGGAAUGAAGUGAUCGUGAUUUAAAAAGUAUGCGAAAAAUAUAGUAAAAAAAAACAAGAGAUGAAAUAAAUAUUUCAAGUGCAUUUAAUAGAGUUCAUUAAUAAUUAAGAAAUUUUGCCCGUUAAGUCAAUUGGUCAUUGUAAAAUUAGGAAAGGGAGGAAGAGAGAAUUGAUUUUAACAGAUCUAAAUAGAUAAGGUGUAUUGUUUGAAUAGCCCGUUUAAUUGGAAAUAUGAAUAUUUAAGCCGAAUGCCAAUUGUAUCACAACUAUAUCGAACUGUAAAAAGAAAUAAAUUAAUAUUAGCCGAGAUGUGCGAGCCAGAUGUAGAGACAUAAAUGGAUUCAUAGAUUAAUUAACACUU